UAAUGAUGUAGUACCAAGUACAUGCACUUUAAGUCUAGGAAAUGUACACAAAUUUGUCAACAUCUUACAGCUACAUGUACCGCCAUGUAAAAUAGAGCGCAUUAAGAAAGAGGCCUAAUGCGUGGCAUCGUCUGAUCUAAUUUGAGAAAGCCUCGUCCAUCAAUCAAAUGUGAUAAUUAAUCAGAGGGUCAUUCCAAACGAGAAUAGGCAUCUUUGCGACAGGAAACGCAAUUAGCCCACCGGUGGCUUGACAGAUCAAAUACCUGUGCAUUGUGUGUGUGCGAGUGUGUGUGUGUGUGCGUGUGAACACUCCACUUCUUCCGAUUAGCCAUGCAUGACGUUUGAAGCGAAUCAGGUGGGACGUCGGGCUAUAUGGGAUUGAAUUAUCAUUAAUGUAUGCAUAGGAGUUUAUGGGAUGCUGGCCGUUAGAUUGAUGAGGGGGGUGAUGAUACGUCGGUAUAGUGCUGGUAGUGCUGGUGGGGGAUGCUAAUACUCCUGUACAGUCAGUGGAUAAUGAUAUUCAGCUUGGAGCGCUAUCGUUGGGACCUGUGAAUAUUGACGUUUUUCAUAUAACUUCAUAACCCGUGCAAGGAUUUGUGGAUAUAAGGUAUUCAGCUUGGAGCGAUUUCAUUGGGACCUGUGAAUAUUGACAUUUUUCAUAUUUAGAACUUCAUAUCUAGUGCAAGGAUUUGUGGAUGUCUAUAUAUUGAUUUGAAUUUUCGUGGAAUCUGCUAGUGUUAUGUCCAUUGAGGCUAAGGAGGAUGAAGGAGUCAAAGAAAUGGACCUCGCUACAGCUAUAGAAGAGACGACAGUAGCACUCAACCUCUUUCUUAAUAACAGAUUCAGUGAAGCUAGAGCAAUCUUUGAACCAUGGUCCCACGCCAGCGUCUACCACGCCCUGGGCCACGGCACCAUCAGCUACCUCCAGGCCGUCAUGACCUUUGACCCCGCGGACAUCCAGGAGGCCAUCAAGUGGAUCAAGAACUCCAUCGAGGUGGCCAAUCGGUUCCGCAAGAAGACGAGCGUCAUAACCUCCAUGUCCAAGAUGAUGUGGAAGACCAAUUAUAACACAUACACAGACGAAGAGGUCCAUGCCGAGUUGUGCUAUGCUGAAUCACUCUUGGAGCGUGCAAUCCUUUCUUUCAUCCAAGAUGACAAUCUUAUCAAUUUCAUCAAAGGCGGGCUUAAGAUAAGAAAUGGUUACCAUUCUUACAAAUCAUGUGUACAGAUGUUUGAGAAUAGGACUUGGCCGUCAGCUAGAUCCAAGCAACAAUUUGAGAGUGGUGUCAAGUUUGGUAGUGGUACAUUUAAUCUGUGUAUAUCAAUGUUGCCCAAGAGGAUACUGAAAUUACUGGAGUUUGUAGGAUUCUCAGGAAAUAGGAUAAAAGGGCUGACUGACUUAGAAAGGGCUUCCAAGCUGCCUUGUCUGAGGUCUCCUAUGUGUUCUAUGGUGAUUAUUAGCUACCAUUCAAUAGGAACAUAUGUGUUUGGUACUGCUGAUGGAGACAUCGAGUUUGCCAGACAAAUCUUAGAACCGUGUCUCAGGAAUUAUCCCAAGGGGGUCAUCUUCUUAUUCCUGGCUGCAAGGAUAGAAGAGAUCUCGGGAAAUAUGGAUGAAGCCAUUGAGAAGUUCCAGGAGUGCAUCGCAUCACAGCAGGAAUGGAGGCAGUUCCACCACUUGUGCUACUGGGAGCUCAUGUGGUGCCACGCCUACAAGCUGGAUUGGCCAAUGGCGGCUCAGUAUGCACAUAAGCUGUGUGAAGAAAGCAGGUGGUCAAAGGCCAUUUACCACCAUCAGCAGGCUAGUUUCUUGGCCAUGCACCUGCCACGCACGGAGGCCUGCAUACAGAACAUCAACGAUAUCUAUGCGAAGGUACCAGACCUCAAGCAGCGCAUCGCGGGCAAGUCCAUCCCCAUGGAGAAGUUUGCAGUGAGCAAGGCCAAGAAGCAGCUGGUCCAUGGGACAGAACACUCACUAGUAGGACUGGAAUUGAUCUACAUCUGGAAUGGGUUCUCAAUUUUAGCCAAGAAGAAAGAACUCUUAGAGCCAGUACUCCUGCUGACAGAGGCAACUCUUCAAGAACUCAAGAAAACUAAAGGUGAAGCAAGUAGAAGUAGCGGUUGUUACUGGGACGACUACAGUCUAGCCAUGCUGCUGAAGGGAAUCACCCUGAGAUAUCUAUCAAGACCUUCUCAGGCUGAACUCUGCUUUCAAGAAGUCAUCUCAAAUGAACGAGAUCUCCAUUAUGAUCACUACGUGGUGCCCUAUGCAACGCUGGAACUUGGAUUGCUUUAUCUACAGUAUAACAGACUUCAGGAAGCUAAGACGUUCCUCACCCAAUGCAGACAUCACAACAAGAAGUACAUGCUGGAGAACCGACUCCACUUCAAGAUGCACGCUGCCCUGGACAACCUAAAGACCAAGAUGGCCCAAUCCUCGGAGAUCCCGGCCCAGGACUCGCUCAACCUCGAAGGAGAGGACGAGGCAGGGCCUGGACCAGAAGAUGGACUGGAAUCGAACCUUACAACCGAAGUGUCCCAGGACUCGCUUGACAAGGACCAGGACUCUCCUGCAGGUGAUGGACCAGUAGAUGGACCAGUAGAUGGACCAAUAGAUGGACCAGAAUCAACUGAAGAUGGGAUAGUACGGACUAAUGGUGCAGAAGACCAGGACCUGUCGUCUGGUCCUAGUUCGUCUUCAGCUUCGCAGAAUGCCUUGAGCUGAAACUGCAGCUCAAAGCAAUGCUUUUAGAACACUUCUGAGAUUCAUCUUCCAUUCUUCAUAUCGUCUGCUGAGAGCCAAAACAUUAAAUCAUACUCCAUAGAGUUAACACUCUUCUGGUCCUCAACUGAUGAUAUAGUGUUUGAAUGAUCUUAAGUCAUCAUUCAAUGCGCUUAAAGGAUUUUGACAUGACCCAACAGUUUCAACAACAAUACCAAAGCAUAGGUAUUCUGAUAGUAAAAGUUGUUUGUCUUAUGAUCAGUUUUUCGAUGCCAAAGUAUAGUAAUCAUCAUAAAUAAUGAUAGAAGUACUUAAUAAUAUCCAUCUAAUGAAAAUACACGGUUCACCCAUACGUGGGAAAAAGGUAAAAAGUAAUUUCUAGACUGCUGUGAGCACUGAAAUCAGUAGCCUAGCAAGACCCGUGGUUACAUUGGAGCGCCUCUAGGACCCUGACUCUCAGCUGAAAAUAUGACGACUGAAAAUGUGACAUUCCGCAUUACAUCCAACACACUGAGCCAUUGAUAAAGUUGUACAUAGUUUUCUAUUCCUGUGUUUCAUAGUGGUUUAAAGAGAAGGUUGAGUUCUGGGAAGAGGUGAAAAAUAAUUUGAGAGCAUUAUCAUUGUUAUUAUGCAAGUGUGGAAGA